CGUUUUUAUUUCGAGACAAUGUGUGUUGGGCAAGGCUUCACCCUCCUUUUGUGUUUUUAGUGUAGCAUUCAAGCAGGCCAAUCGAUGGAGCCGUGCAGCCGUGUGGCCAUGUAGUCAUGUAACCAUUGCAAGCAUGUAGCCAUGUUGCGUCUAUGCUUGAACCUUUUUUUAAAUUGCGACCAAGAAGGUGCACAAUGGCGCCGCAUUCAUUUAGAGGGCUGCCACAAUUGGAUGAUGUCAAAUGGAAACCAGUCAAAGAGAAGAAAGAGCUGUUCAGGUCGAGAGACAUUUUCACCAAAGUGAUCAGCAUCACUGACACAUACACAUCACACAUCACCACUAGCAUCGCAUCACAUCGCAUCACAUCGCACGCUUCUCAUCCAAUUCCCCUCCUCCACUCUCAUUCAUAUACCCAUCCCUCUUUCUCUCCUUCUCUCUCUCCCCUCCCUCUCUCUCUCUCCUUCACUCUUUCUCACCUCAGCACUAACUCACCCACUCACUUCUGUCUCAACAAACACACUCACUCACUCCACAUUCUCACACCCACCACUGCCUCUGUUACGACCUUCACCAUCGCACCACUACUGCCAACCUCGGUAUCAUCCACUCUCGAUAGCCGAUCCAUAGGUCUUAUCCGCAAUUACAUGCGGCAGCAACCAAAAGAGACGUCCUCUAGCAAAUGAACGAGCCCUCAACUGUCGUCCGUACCAACCCCGAUACUGACGCACACAUGGGUGUUCUCCUAGCUGAGGGGGCGCAUUCGCCAGUACGCAGCACAGGCGGAUCAGGUUCAGGUUCAGGUUCAGGUUCAGGCUCAGGCUCAGGCUCAGGAUCAGGAGUAGAAGCAGGAUCAGGAUCAAGAGCAGGUGCAGAAGCAGGAACAGGAGCAGGAACAGGAACAGGAAAAGGAGGAUUGCAGGCAAUUGCACAGGGAGUAGCUUUGAGCAACAUUACUGCAGAGAGUAAUGAAGAUUUGAUGUUUAUGG